AGCUUCGCCCAGAAGGGGAGCCUGACGCUCCACCAGAUCGUCCACACCGGAGAGAAACCUUACUCCUGCCCCGACUGUGGGAACACCUUCUCCCAGAUGAUCAGGGCCCACCAGCUGAAGCACACCGCAGAGAGACUUCACCGCUGCUCUGUGUGUGGGAAGAGCUUCUUCACACCCUCAGGACUCAGGGAUCACCAGAGGGGUAUCACCCUACAGAGACACCUUCUGACGCACACAGGGGAGAAACCCUACCACUGUUCUGUCUGCGGGAAGAGGUUCAUCCAGCGAGGGAAUCUGUUAAAACACCAGAAGGUACACACUGGAGAGAAACCUUACUCCUGCUCCGUGUGUGGACGGAGUUUCCCUCGAUUUGAGCGUCUGAAGGACCACCAGCGGACACAUACAGGAGAGAAACCUCAAUCUUGCGAUGUCUGUGGGAUGAGGUUCUCCUACGCAUCCUCCCUCAAGGUCCAUCGCAGGAUGCACACCGGGGAGAGACCUUACCAGUGCUCUGUCUGUGGGGAGAGCUUCAACUCAACAGCAAACCUGAGGAAACACAGACAGUCCCACACUGGAGAUAAAGGGUCUGCUAACAUGAAGAGGGGUCGGCUCCUGAGGUCGUCCUACACUGGAGAGGGGUCUGCUGCUAUUACGGGAGGAUUUCAGACUGCUGGAGGUGAUGCUCUGGGAAGCGUGGUCAAAGAUAAAAGCUCUCUGGAUCCUGACCCAGGCCACGGUGAAGGCUGCAGUCAAACAUCUACCAUAUAUAUCGAGAGUAAAGAAGAAGAGGAGGAGGAGGAGGAAGUUGGUGGUUUGAUAAAUUCUGAAGGAGAAGAAGUUCAUUGGGAUUACCUCAGUCCUGGAUCUUCAGCAUUGCAGGGCCCGAAGUCAGUUUCUGAAAGGUUUGAGAACCAAGUUGAAGACGAGGAUGAUGUGGAAGAAGAGGAAAUUGGUGGUCUGAUCAAUUCAGACGGAGAAGAAAUUGGUUGGGAUCGUCAUCGUAUCAGACAGCGUGUCAGCCGUCCUUCUGACAGCGAGGAGAGUCCCUCCGCAUCAGGAGAACCUGAACAACACCAGGAGGAUCCCAACAACACCAAGUCUCACCACUGCUUUAGAUGUGGGAAAGACUUUGCCAACAUCUCUAACCUACGGCGACACCAGAAGAGACACUCAGGAGAGAGUUCCGAACACAGAUCUGACAGCGAAGCCAGGAAGUCCCACUGCUGCCCAGAAUGUGGAAGAGACUGUAAGAAGCUAUCAGCUCUACAAAAACACAUGAAGAUCCACACAGGAGAGAAGCCGUACCCUUGCUCCGUGUGUGGGAAACAGUUCCGUGAAAGAACAGCCCUCCGCGACCACCAGAAAGUGCACACGAGAGAAAAACCUUACCCUUGCCCCGACUGUGGGAAGAGGUUCGCUCACUCAGGAGCUAUGAAGAGACACCUGCUGACGCACACCGGAGAAAAACCUUACUCCUGCUCUGUGUGUGGGAGGAGCUACACCCAGAUAGGGCGACUGAGAGAACACGAGCGAACACACAGCGAUGAGAAACACGACUGUUCCAUCUGUUGGAGGAGCUUCGCCAGAGCUAAGGCCCUCGUCGCUCACUUCAGGACCCACACUGGAGAGAGACCCUACAGCUGUGAGGAGUGCGGGAAGAGCUACGUACGAACCCAGAACCUCCGAGCCCAUCAGAGGAAAAGUCACAGCAGCUCACUACCAAACCCAGGGACUGGGACAGGGGAAAACCUGGCUGCAGGGGUGAAGAGUGAAGAGGAUUCUAUUAGCAUCAGUGACGAAGAAGAGAAGGAGUUGAUGCUAGCAGGGUGGAGGAGAAUGAGGACUAGCCAACCAUAUUAGGAUAGAUUCCUCUUUGUGCUGACCAUCUCUAGACACCGAAUUAAUAGAAUGGACCAGAGCGAGGACUAGCCAACCACAUAGAAUUUUCUACAUCCACAAUGGUACCCUAUUCCCUAAAUACCAGGUCCUGGUCAAAACUAGUGCACUAUAUAUAGGGAAUCGGGUGUCAUUUGGGAUGCAGAUAGAGUCUGUGGUGAUGAUCUGUAGACAAAGAACCAAUAGAAUGGACUGUAGUUCUAAAUUCCACCAGCGGAGGGCGAGCAAAGUCGGACGAAAAUUAUUAGUAUUGAGAAAUUCAGUUUUAUCUAAAACAUACACUACAUGACUAAAAGUAUGUGGACACCUGCUCAUCUAACAUCUCAUUCCAAAAUCAUUGGCAUUAAUAUGGAGUCGGUCCCGACUUUGCUGCUAUAACAGCCUCCACCUCUUCUGG